GUGCAGCGGCAGCUGGCAGAGCCCGGGAGCAGCGCCAGGGUCGGGGCGUUGUCUCCUCCCGCCGCGCCAUGAGCAGCCCCGACGCGGGCUACGCCAGCAGCGAGGACCAGACGCAGGGCCGCUGCGCGCUGCCGCUGCUGAUGCCGGGCCUGGGCGCCUGCCCGUGGGCCGAGCCGCGGAGCCCCUCGAGGGAGGCCGAGACCAAGGCGAAGAGCGAGGCGCCGUCGGGGGCGGGGGCCGGGCGCGCCAAGGCCGAGUCGCGCAUCCGCCGGCCCAUGAACGCCUUCAUGGUGUGGGCCAAGGACGAGCGCAAGCGGCUGGCGCAGCAGAACCCGGACCUGCACAACGCCGAGCUCAGCAAGAUGCUGGGCCGCGCGUGGAGGGCGCUGUCGCUGGCGGAGAAGCGGCCGUUCGUGGAGGAGGCGGAGCGGCUGCGCGUGCAGCACAUGCGGGACCACCCCGCCUACAAGUACCGCCCGCGCCGCAGGAAGCAGCUGAAGCGGCUGAAGCGCAUGGAGAGCGGGUUCCUGGCGCCGGGCGAGGCGGCGGGCGCGGGGCUGGGCGCGGGCGGCGGGCGGCUGCGUGCCGACGGCCUGGGCCUGGGCCUGGGCCUGGCCUACGCCGAGCCGGGCUACCCGCCGGGGCAGAGCGUGCCGCCGCCCGCCGCCGCCGGGCCCCGCUACCGGGACUGCCCCCUGGACGGCUACGGCCUGCCCACGCCCGACCCCUCGCCGCUCGACGCCCCCGCCCCCGAGCCCGCCUGCUUCCCGCCGCCGGAGGACUGCGCGCUCGGGCCCUACGGCUACGCGCCGCCGCCCCCCGACUACGCGGGGCCCGGGCCGGGCGCCUACUACGGGCCGGGCCGCUCCGCGCUGCCGCUGCCCCUGGCGCUGCCCCUGGCGCUGCCGCAGCCGUCGCCGCCGCCCGAGGCGCCGCUGGAGCCGCUGGCGCAGGACGAGCUGCUGGGCGACGUGGACCGCGCCGAGUUCGAGCAGUACCUGCGCUUCGCCUGCAAGGCCGAGCUGGGGCCGCCCUUCGACGGCGCCGCGCCCGGCCCCGCGCCGCCGCUGCUGCUGCCGGACGCCGGCGCCGGCGGCUUUUACUGCGGCUACCCGGACUUGUGAGCGCCACCCCGCUCGGACUCGGCCCUGGCGCCUGCUCCUAUUUAUCCGUAACUUAUUUGCAUCUGGAGAAGCAGCGGGGCCCGGCGCCCGCUUCGGCUUUGCGGCUGCGGCUCCGCCCCGGGGUUUUCCCGGGCCGGCGACGGGGCACGGGAGCGCCCUCUCUCCUUUCUCCUCUCCUCCCGCUCUCCCCCGGUUGUUUGAAGGCUGGGACUGAUUAUUUUUAUACGCUCGGAGGUCGGGGUUUGUACAGGCUCCUUUUGCACUUUUUACAGAUAAGGGGGGAACAAUAAAACCGCUCAUUUUAUA